AUUAGCAUAAAUCCCUCUUGCUAUUUGCUUCAAGUACAAGCCACUCUUAAAUCCAUUACAUAAAGAUAAGUUAAAGAGUCCAAGAAUCAUCUUUAUAUAUUGAUCACCUAGAAUUCUUUUCUUUAGCUAGCUUCAACCACCAAAAACUUUAAUUGAAAAACAAAAUAAAACAUGAAGUACAAUGAGAUAUCUCAUUUUAGCCACCCACAACACAUUCUAAGACAUGAAUACUCAGAAUUCCCAUUCAAAUGUGAUGGUUGUAAAGAAGUAGGCAUUGGUUCUCGUUACAAAUGCACAACUUGUGACUAUGAUUUACAUAUGCACUGUGCAAUUCCUUCACCUUCAAUUACACAUCCAUUUUACAAGAAGUGUUCGUUCCAGUUCCUCUCUCAUCCCCCGGGAAACGUGCCGCGCUACUGUAAUGCUUGUGAGAAGGAUAUUACUGGAUUUAUGUACCAUUGUAGGUCUUGUGGAUUUGAUCUUCAUCCAUGUUGUGCAAAGCUUCCUAUGGUGCUUGAUGAUGGAGAUGUAAAGCUUUAUUUGUAUAGAAAGGUAAGUGCAUCGUGCCACAGGUGUGGUAGGAAAGGGAGAAGCUGGAGUUACAGAUCAACAUGCAAGAAGUACAAUUUGCACGUAGCAUGUGUCAAAGAGAUGCUUGUGGAUAGUUGGCACGAGAUCUACUUUGGUCGUGGAGAUAAUUAUAACAAUAAUUAUGAUAGUAGUUAUAAUAAUAAUACUAAUUAUAGAAAAUUGGAGAAUACGAUCCCAAGUCUCAAAGGCACACUGCAAACUCAUCAUCGAAAAAGCAAAGGCAAAGCUAAAAAGUGCUGUGAAGUGGCUGGUUUAGCUCUGCAGUUUAUUAUAUCUGCAGUACUUGGAGACCCUACAACUCUUAUUGCUGGGGUCGUUGGUUCAUUAAUGUCAAAAUGAAUGCAAAUUAAACCAAGUGGGAUUUCAAUUACUGAUCAAGAUUGGAGAUCUAUCUCUUCAGAGGGAGAUUUGAUUAAGGACCUAAGUAAGUUGGACUAAUAAUAGUUAUAAUGUGGAAAAUGGUGGAUGUUAGUAUAAGGGGAUGUUGGACCGCUAAUGUAGAAAUUUAGUGUAUUUACGAUACAUGCAUAUGUCCUAACGCUAUUUCCAUUUCUAGAAAAUGUCCUAAUUUUCUAAUUA